CCGAGGUAGUAAGUCAUUACAGUGGCAACGCUCGUGGCGAGCAGAGCGAGUUGAAAGCCCCAAAAGAAAGUUUUUCCAUCGGUUGUGCGUGGAGAAUUCGCCUUACGAGAAAGCCCGGCGCCAGUCCAUCAAUAUUAACAGCUUGAUCUGCCGAUCUGUGAUACGAGUUUCGAGAUCUGAGUUCCGAGAUCUGCGGCGAAACUGCUGGAGAAGUGAAGGGAUCCGCAUCCCAGAAGAGCGAGGGUAAACAGCGAAUAAAUCGUGCAAACAGCAGACAACAGACGUCUCACUUGGGACCCAGUCCCACUUCCAGUCCGAACCUGAAUCGGGGCUUAUUUAAGGCCCGCUACCCACUGUCUGUCAAUCAGAACAAUUCAAGCUGUCGGCGACAGCAGAUCGCGAGUGAAGAGGUCCGAAGAAACCAGAAGAAAGCCGCAGAAGAAUCGGGCAAAUAAGAAAACCAUAUCGGUGGGGAAAAUUCCCUGAGUUAAACUGCAAAUAUACACCCCCGACCAAGUUUGUUUUUCUGCAUUGUAUGCAGAAUUGUGUUGUAUUGUGAUAUUACAACGCGCCACCUGUAGCGUCGUAAUCAAUUUGUUUUAACACUCCGUGUUUAACCCAAACAAAGCCCUUAAAGCCAUAAAGCCUGCUCAUCACAACAAUUAACAAGAUGUCCGCGUCAAAGGAGGCCAUUUGUGGGAGCACCGAGAAGGAUCUCGAGAAGCCAGCAUUGGGAUGCUUUGCCACCCGCUACUUUGUGACCUUCAUGCUUUUCCUGGGCAUGGCCAAUGCGUAUGUGAUGCGCACCAAUAUGUCGGUGGCCAUUGUGGCCAUGGUCAAUCACACGGCCAUUAAGACUGGUGAAGAGGUGUUCGAUGAUGAGUGCGGGGAUCGCGAUAUUCCCAUUGACGAUUCCCAGGAUGGCGAGUUUUUGUGGAGCUCAGCUCUGCAGGGCUACAUCCUGUCCUCCUUCUUCUACGGCUACGUGAUCACCCAGAUUCCCUUCGGCAUCCUGGCCAAGAAGUACGGCUCACUGCGCUUCUUGGGCUACGGCAUGCUGAUCAACUCGGUGUUCGCCUUCCUGGUUCCGGUGGCUGCCCGCCGAGGAGGAGUCUGGGGUCUGUGUGCCGUGCGCUUCAUCCAGGGUCUGGGCGAGGGUCCCAUUGUGCCCUGCACCCACGCCAUGUUGGCCAAGUGGAUUCCCCCCAAUGAGAGAUCACGAAUGGGAGCUGCCGUCUAUGCGGGUGCUCAGUUUGGAACCAUCAUUUCGAUGCCACUUUCGGGUUUGCUGGCUGAGUACGGUUUCGAUGGCGGCUGGCCUUCGAUCUUCUAUGUAUUUGGAAUUGUGGGAACCGUUUGGUCUAUCGCCUUCCUGAUCUUCGUGCAUGAGGAUCCCUCUUCGCAUCCCACUAUUGAUGAGCGCGAGAAGAAGUACAUUAAUGACGCCCUCUGGGGAUCUGAUGUGGUCAAGAGCCCGCCCAUUCCUUUCAAGGCCAUUAUGAAGUCGCUGCCCUUCUACGCCAUUCUGUUUGCCCACAUGGGUCACAACUACGGCUAUGAGACCCUGAUGACCGAACUGCCCACCUACAUGAAGCAGGUGCUCCGCUUCUCCCUGAAGUCGAACGGUCUGCUCAGUUCCCUGCCCUACCUGGCCAUGUGGCUCUUCUCCAUGUUCAUCUCGGUGGUCGCCGAUUGGAUGAUCAGCUCGAAGAGAUUCACGCACACGGCCACCAGGAAGAUGAUCAACAGUAUUGGCCAGUACGGUCCUGGCAUCGCCCUGAUUGCCGCCUCUUACACGGGCUGCGAUCGGGCUUUGACCCUGGCGAUCCUCACCAUUGGAGUGGGCCUGAACGGAGGCAUCUACUCCGGCUUCAAGAUCAACCACUUGGACCUCACCCCGCGCUUUGCCGGCUUUUUGAUGUCCAUCACGAACUGCUCGGCCAAUUUGGCUGGACUUCUGGCGCCAAUUGCUGCGGGCCAUCUCAUUUCCGAUCCCAGCAAGCCCAUGAUGGGUCAGUGGCAGAUCGUGUUCUUCAUCGCCGCCUUUGUGUACAUCAUCUGCGGCACCUUCUACAACAUCUUCGGCUCCGGCGAGCGUCAGUACUGGGACAACCCCGAGGACGACGAGCAGAAGCCGGCGCUCCAGACGACCAGCACCACCACCCCGCAAAGGCUGAGCAACGGCAGCCCGGCGCCACAGGCCAUCUCCAGCUCCUAG